AUGUACUGGCAGUCCAAGUGGCACGCAGCUCGGCUGGUCGCUGAGGCAAAACCCCGGGCGCGGGAAGAGUUCGGAGGGGCCAUGGAGAAAGACUUCCAUCGCCUCCGUCAGUCUGUGAAAAGCAAAGCCUACUACAUCAACGGUGCUGCUGCUCUUUCUACUGCUACAGAGUCAAAAUCGUCGUACUACCACAAGUGGAUUUCACAGAGAGACAAGAACAAGAACAACAAGAAGGAGGCUUCAGUGGAGAAAGAGAAAAAUGGUCACCUGAAUCAUGCCUUUCACCUCAAGGUGGUCGGUCCAAUCAACAAAGCCGGCAGCCACAAGGCGCUUCCUCACACCAGCAAAGAGGUUCUGCCACUCAGACCAGGACUGGUGCCAAACGGUACCCAGCCAGUCAACAUCGUGCGACCUCUGAGACCUACCCAGUCUCCCCGGGGUGGUCCUCGGGACCUCAAGGUGGUAAGGCCACCGCUCCCAGCUGGCAAGCCUCCAACAGUCCCACCCAAGUCGCCCCCAACUCCACAGAGACUCAGCCCUCCUAAGAAACCACUGCCCCUUAACCCAACACGUUCCCCACUGCUGGUAUCGGACCGGCAGUCCAGAACAUCCCCCUUCCCUCCACAGAGGCCUCUGCCCCUCAGUCCAGCCAGAGCAGCCUCCACCUCGGUGAGUCCGACCCACUCCACCGGCUCCAAAACCACAGGAUUGCUUGUCAUGAUGCCUCCAGCACCUGGACCGCAACCUGUGGGGAAAGUGUCAGCCAUUCCCCCUCUCAGAGUACUCAGACCAAUCCCAGGUGCCAGACCGAAGACAGCCUCGCAUCCUCCACCACGAAAAUGACCUUCUCCUUGUCCCUCCCCCUGUGAGGAGGCAGCAGCUGACAGCCUAUUUGCACUAAAGAGACUUUAGCUGGUGAACCCAGAGCUGUCGUACGCCGCAGAGGAGGACAAACAGAGCUGGUACCAGAGGCCCGAAGGAACAAACAGGACUCGCACCACUUCAGACUUCUAAUGAAACCUUGACCCCGCUCCUCUUACUUU